CUGCUCUACCCACUGCACCACCGUCACUGUCAAUGUUGUACCUAGUCCCAGUCAGGGAUGAAGAAGCAGAGUCUCAGAGAAAAGCCAAGUCUCGUCAUGCCAGACAGACCCGCAGGUCAACACAGGGUGUGACGCUGACAGACCUGAAAGAGGCUCAGAAGACCAACAGCAUGUCUCCUCAAGACAGACAAAUGGAUGAAGCAGACAGGUCCUGUGUGAGGAAGGGCUUGACAGAUGACAGGAGGGUCCAGUUCAGCCUGACAAUGUGCACAGAAACAACAGAGAUCAGUCCAAAGUGGAGCAAACUGGAUGAGCAGGGGAACAUUGAACCUAAGUUAGAAACCCUCACUGAGUCUCCAGGACCAAAACUUCCAUAUUCAUCUGUUGCUGAAUCCUGUGGGCUGUCUUACUGCAACAGCUCCUUCAGAGGUAAGAAAAACAGAUUUGUUUUUACCCCUUAUGUUUUGCUGAGACAUGCUUUAAAUUCUGAUUGAUGAUAUUUGAUGUUCCUAUUUUUUCAUCAGUUUUUUUAACUUUUCAUUCUUAAGUGAAUAUGUAGAGAUGUAUUUAAAUGACAAUGCUUCAAUUUGCCAAAAACUGGACCCAUGAAUUUGAUAAUAUACAUAACCAUAUGACAUU